AUGACCGAGCAAAAGUCCAUUGUCGUCGCCGCCCCAUUCCAAGCAGUCCUGGUAACUGAUCGUCCCGUGCCAAUACCCCGCGACGACGACGUCCUCGUUCAAACCGUCGCCGUGGCGCUCAACCCCACCGACUGGAAGAAUGCCGACACCAUGGCCACGACCGGGGUCUUGCUCGGCUGCGACUAUGCAGGCAUCGUCACGAAAGUUGGGCCUGGCGUAAGGAAAUGCCUCCGCAAAGGAGACCGAAUCUGCGGAAUGGCGCAUGGCGCCAACGUGGUCCGGCCAGAGACAGGCGCCUUCGCCGAGCAGAUCGUGGUAAAAGGCGACGUGCAGAUCCGUAUCUGCGAGCAUCUCUCGUUCGACGAGGCCGCCACCCUCGGCGUGGGGGUGGUGACCGUUGGAUUGGGCUUGUAUCAGCACCUUCAGCUUGCAUGGCCCACCAAUCCACUGUCAAACUCCAUUCCGAUCUUGAUCUAUGGCGGAUCCACGGCGACGGGAACGUUGGCCAUCCAGUAUGCGAAACGGUCAGGGUAUGUCGUCUACACGACCUGCUCGCCGCAUAACUUCCCCCUGGUCUCACGAUUGGGCGCGGACGCUGUGUUCGACUACCGGGACCCCGGCGCUGCUGCAGAAAUCCGGCGGCAGACGCAUAACCGUCUCGAGAUGGCUUUUGAUUGCAUUUCCAUUGAGUCGAGCGCCACAUUCUGUGAACAGGCACUCUCGACCGAUGGCGGUCAGUACUGUGCCGUGCUUUUUCGCACCGUGGCUCGCGAGAACGUCCGUUCGAGCUCCGUAGGUGCUUUCAAGAUCUUUGGUGAUGCUUUUUGGUACGGGGAUACGUGGUUUCCAGCCUGCAUGGAAGACCGAGCCUUUGCAGAGGAAUUUCUAGCCAUGACGGAGUCUCUUUUAGAAGAGCGCAGUCUGUUGGCCCAUCCAGUAGAGAUCGGGGAGAAUGGCUUGCUGGGCAUUUUUGACGGCUUGCAACGCAUGAGAGACGGGCGAGUCAGUGGGAGAAAAUUGGUGUACCGCAUCAAAGAGACGCCAGAGUAA